AUGGAACCAGACUGGAAAGAGCUUGCUAGAAAUAUAUCUGAUUAUGUUGAUAAUGAUACAUUCCUAUCGACAAGAAGUCCUCAACAGAUAGCUAAAAUUCUUAAUUAUGCAAAAUUAAGUUCAUCCGAAUUUGCAACAUUAUUCACAAAUCUUUCAAAUUAUCAUGGGAAAGCAGACAUAUUGAUAAUGCUUAGUCGUGCGCAUUUAAAAGAUUUCAAUAGUCAAGAAGAAGCAAUUGAAAUUUCUACAACAAUUACAUCAAUCCUCGGAAUUCAAAUUCUUGAUUCACUAUUUUCUUUCUACCAAAGCAAGCUUCAACGAGAAAUUCCGCAAAUCAAAAAUGACAAAUCUCAAUCUUCUGUUCCUGAAUAUAUCCGUAUUUAUGUGGAUACACCAAAUGGGAAUCGGUUGUUCGAAAACAUUGAUUUAAAUAUUAGAGUUGAAGUUUUUAGAUCAUUAGUUCUGAAGAAAAUUGAUAAGUCCAUUAAAUAUAUAGAUAUUUACUAUCUUUGUCAGCGUUUAAUUGAUGGUCAUACAUUAAAAGAAUAUAAUGUUCAGAAUAAUUCAAAUUUUCUUGCUAUUAAAAGAUAUUAUCCUUUCACAGAAAAAAUAAUUGAAAUAAUGGAUCUUGAUGGAAUACGCACGAAACUUGAAAAUAUUGAUCUCAAUUAUAGAGUCGAAGAAUUGAAAGCUUUGAUACAAGACAAAAUGGAUCUCUCUCCAGAUCAACAAAAACUAUGUUUUUUGGGAAAGGCCAUGGAAAAUGGUAAAACAUUAAAGGAUUAUAAUGUUCUUUAUGGUGAUGGACUCACCCUUACUUGGACCAAAUCAGAAAAUGCUUCUCCUCCGAGCUCAGCUAAUUCAAUUACAAUUAAGACUAAGGCUGGAAGAGAAUUUAUAUUUGAAAACAUUGAUCUCAAUUGA